AUGAAGAAAGUUCUAAACAAAUUACUUCCAAACAAAUUACUUCCAAACAUUCCACAUUUUCCGGAUCAGUCGUUAAACGAGGAGAGUUUACCUUAUAAAAUCGGCUCAAAUAUAACGAUAAAAGAAUACAAUAAAUUCCUUGAACGUCAAGAGUCUUCCGGAUAUAAAUAUCAACGAAGAGAUAAUGGUGAAGUAUUUAUAAUUGACAUGAGCAAUCCCGAACAUACUUCAAUUGCUUCGUUGUUGCUCCGAUACUUCAAUUUACCAAAUAAUAAUGUUGUUGUUGACCCCCCAAUAGAGAUUAAUACUGAUGCAUGUAAUCCAUCUGGAAACGGCCAAUUAAUUGCAGCAGAUGUUACGGUAUAUCCAAAUGUAAGUCAUGUCCAACAGCCUCGUAUUCCAUAUCCAGGCCCUCCUCCAGGAAACAUAAAU